UCUCCUCCGGCCCCGAGGAAUUGGAGAUGAGGAGGAGCUGGAAAUGCAGAUUUAGCAUCAAGCACAGACCUACACUCGCUCUUUCUCUCAGAUGCACAGAGCUCCCCACAUUCGCACCCUUCCAGCCAGCCGGGCCGCCUGACGGCCGGGUUUCCCGGGCCAGCGGCUAGACCAGAGCACACAUUGAUUUGCUGUUUUCCCACCCCCUGAACAGUUUCUCUCUCUACACAAAGAUUUUUUUCAACAAACAAUAACAACAAACUAUAUACAUAUAUAUUUAAAAAUAUUUUUUGCCUUCCCUCCUACUCCCCUGCUCCGCCAGCCCGCGCGCCUCCUAGUACCACUUUUCCGUCCAAAGAAAGAUGAAAGGUGGCCGUGUCUCCCAGUGGAAGGCGGCCGCCGGGCUCCUCGUCUGUGUCAUGAUUUUUGCAUCUGCCGAGAGACCGGUCUUCACGAAUCAUUUUCUUGUGGAGUUGCAUAAAGGGGGAGAGGAAGAAGCUCGCCAAGUUGCAGCAGAACACGGGUUCGGUGUCCGAAAGCUCCCCUUUGCUGAAAGCCUGUACCACUUUUAUCAUAAUGGUCUUGCGAAGGUCAAAAGGAGACGCAGCUUGCACCACAAGCAGCAACUGGAGAGAGACCCCAGGGUAAAGAUAGCCUUGCAACAGGAAGGAUUCAACCGAAGAAAAAGAGGGUAUAGAGACAUCAAUGAGAUCGACAUCAACAUGAACGAUCCUCUUUUUACAAAGCAAUGGUAUCUGAUCAAUACAGGGCAAGCUGAUGGUACACCAGGCCUAGAUUUGAACGUGGCAGAAGCCUGGGAGCUGGGCUACACCGGAAAGGGUGUUACCAUUGGAAUUAUGGAUGAUGGAAUUGAUUAUCUCCACCCAGACCUGGCCUCCAAUUAUAACGCCGAAGCGAGUUAUGACUUCAGCAGCAACGAUCCCUAUCCUUACCCUCGAUACACAGAUGACUGGUUCAACAGCCAUGGAACACGAUGUGCAGGGGAAGUUUCUGCUGCUGCUAACAACAACAUCUGUGGGGUCGGAGUAGCAUACAACUCCAAGGUUGCAGGUAUCCGGAUGCUGGACCAGCCGUUCAUGACUGACAUCAUCGAAGCCUCCUCCAUCAGCCACAUGCCACAACUGAUCGACAUCUACAGUGCCAGCUGGGGCCCCACGGACAAUGGAAAGACAGUGGAUGGGCCCCGGGAGCUCACACUUCAGGCCAUGGCAGACGGUGUAAACAAGGGCCGAGGAGGCAAAGGUAGCAUCUAUGUGUGGGCGUCGGGGGACGGCGGCAGUUACGAUGACUGCAACUGUGAUGGCUACGCCUCCAGCAUGUGGACCAUCUCCAUCAACUCGGCUAUAAACGACGGCAGGACUGCCUUAUACGAUGAGAGCUGCUCUUCAACCUUGGCGUCCACCUUCAGCAACGGAAGGAAGAGGAACCCCGAGGCUGGCGUGGCAACUACGGAUCUGUAUGGCAACUGCACUCUGAGGCAUUCUGGGACCUCUGCAGCUGCUCCGGAGGCAGCUGGCGUAUUUGCUCUGGCUUUAGAGGCUAACUUGGAUCUGACCUGGCGAGACAUGCAGCAUCUGACUGUGCUCACCUCCAAGCGGAACCAGCUUCAUGAUGAGGUUCAUCAGUGGCGGCGGAACGGGGUCGGCCUGGAAUUUAAUCACCUUUUUGGCUACGGGGUCCUUGAUGCUGGAGCAAUGGUAAAAAUGGCAAAAGACUGGAAAACAGUGCCUGAGAGAUUCCAUUGUGUUGGAGGCUCCGUGCAGGACCCUGAGAAAAUACCAUCUUCUGGCAAGUUGGUGCUGACCCUUACAACCGAUGCCUGUGAGGGGAAGGAAAAUUUUGUCCGCUACCUCGAGCACGUCCAAGCUGUCAUAACGGUCAACGCGACUAGGAGAGGAGACCUGAACAUCAACAUGACCUCCCCCAUGGGCACCAAGUCCAUCUUGCUGAGCCGGCGGCCGAGGGAUGACGACUCGAAGGUGGGCUUUGACAAGUGGCCUUUUAUGACCACCCACACUUGGGGGGAAGAUGCCCGAGGAACCUGGACCCUGGAGUUGGGAUUUGUCGGCAGUGCGCCCCAAAAAGGGGUGCUGAAGGAGUGGACACUGAUGCUGCAUGGCACGCAGAGCGCCCCCUACAUUGACCAAGUGGUGAGGGAUUACCAGUCCAAGCUGGCCAUGUCCAAGAAGGAAGAGCUGGAGGAAGAGCUGGACGAGGCUGUUGAGCGAAGCCUGAAAAGCAUCCUGCACAAGAACUAGCGCUGCUCACCAGCCUCGCUGCCUCCCCGCGCCCUCCCCCGUCUGCCUCUCUGUCCUCACUUCACACUUCCACCAGGCACCUAGCGAUUACUUUCCCCACACACAAGCGAUUCCAACGUCUUGAUCUGAAGCUGCACUCACUGUCGAUUAUUUUCAUUCCAAUGGAAGCAAUCUUUUUUAUUCUAUUUCCCAAAUACAGUGUUCCCACAAGCACCUA